AUGUCAGCUAUACCGUCGCCGCAAACGCCGGCCGUCAAAUCCGAAAACGACCAAGUGUGCCCGAGAACCACCGUCAGCGAAGAAGAGAAGUCCGCAGGCCAGCAGUGCUCCAACUGUGGCACCACCAAAACGCCUCUCUGGAGAAGAGCUCCCAACGGAACCCUCAUAUGUAACGCCUGUGGGCUCUACCUACGGUCCAACAAGCACCACCGCCCUGUCAACUUGAAGAGGCCGCCUAAUACCGUCGCCAUCAAGGAAACUGAGGGCUCUUGUAAAGGAGACGGCUCUUGCAACGGUACGGGUGGCUCUGCGGUGUGUAAGGGCUGCCCUGCUUACAACAACAGAGUGGUGCUUCGACAAAACGAAGAAAAGAAGGCCAAGGAGGCCCAGGACGCUUCGGGCGCGAGGCUGUCUGAAGAAGACUCCUUGGCUGUGGCCUGCUACAACUGCGCUUCCACAAUCACUCCUCUAUGGAGAAGAGACGAUGCGGGAAACACCAUCUGCAACGCCUGUGGGCUUUACUAUAGGUUGCACGGAUCUCACAGACCGAUCAAGAUGAAGAGAAGCACCAUCAAGCGCAGAAAGCGUAAUUUCGAUGGGCAAAAACAAGAGAAACUGGACAAAAAGGCGCUCAAGUCAGAGCCCAGCGACCAUUCGUCGCCUCUACCGAACAAUCCACUGCCUUCUUCAAAUACCGAGGCUCAGAAGACCCCUGUGGCCUCGGCGUCCUCAAAUGACGGCACGGCUACUCCCGUACAUCACUUUGUGCCCAGCUACUACCUUCCCUACAGUGGGCAGGGAAGAAUACCCAAUGGGCCUGGCCCGCUUCCUGGGCCACCGCCUCCGCAAAUAGUGUACCAUCCAACGCAAGCUGUGCCGGUAUUCUAUCCCACGUACGUAGGGGUGAAUGGAGCACCACAACCAGUUUUGAACCUGCCACAACCACUACAACCACAGCAGCAGCAGCAGCAGCAGCAGCAACAACAACAUCAACAACAUCAACAACAUCAACAACAACACGAACAACAACACCAACAACAACAACUGCAAUCUCAAUCUCAACUGCAUCAACAAUCUCAACUGCAUCAACAAUCUCAAUUGCUUCAACAAUCACAACAGCAUCAACAAUCGCCUCCUCGUGUGCCCAUGGGCCAGUCAUUUGCGCCAUACGGUCAUCCUGCUCCCCAGGCGGUAUCGCGAAACCAGCUCUCUGGUCAAGGACAGCCAAUGUAUGUGGCGCAAGGAACGAUGCCUCCGCCAAUGGCUCAGCUGCUUUACAACGGCGGAUCGCUUCCACCACCGCAUGCAUUAGGGCAGCCUGAAGGCAGCAUCAAGUUGCCCCUGAUCAAAAACAACCAGCAAAGUGUACCACGGACGCCACCGGUGGAGCCCCGGCAAGUUCUGGAGAGCAAGGAGAAGACAGAGACUAAGAAACCGGCGUUAGCGGUGGACUUCACUCGGGCGUUCCAGGAACCGCAGGAGCGCAGUCGUCGGACCAUGUCGAUCGGCGGCCUCCUAAACGAUAAAUAA